CGAGAAAUGUCGCCGAUUUCAAGAAGGCAACUGGUUUCCAGAUUAGCAGGCGCACACUAGGGAACCUAGGGGCUAGGAAAAAAGGGAGGAAACAUCUGAUGAUUCCAACCCUAUACUUUCUCCCAGCACGAAGCAAUUCGUGCCAGGAGGCGCCCCUGACACAAAUGUAAACAUGCGUAAUUGCGCCCAGUAGGAGUGGUAUGAGUGGGCGGAAUUGUCGUGCUUAACGCUGUGGUGCCUGUGGUGUGCGUUGAGGCGUUGAGCGUGUUGAGGUACUGAGGACCUUCAGGCAGAGCUUGUUGAGGGAAUUCAUAGCAUUUGCAACCUUAAAGGCGUUCGUUCGAAAAUUACCUAUUUGGCCCUUGUCUCCGAUACAGUUACAUACAAUGUAUUGCAUAAUUAUAUUUAUUUGUCUCUCAAUUAGCGUUAAUCAGGCAACGAAGUUGCCAAACCAAGGUAAUAAUCUCAGUAUUGGAAAAAAAGUUACUGAAGAACUGAAUAAAAUAAAAACAGCAGUCUUAGAUGUAUGCAAAUGUUCCAGCUACACCUGUGGUUGUUGUGCCCACUUAGAAGAGAGGGAUAUACAUCUCAACAGCACAAUUUGUGCUAAUGUGUCAUACCUAGUACAUGACUAUGGAAUUUCCAUCACAGUGACUUUGAAUAAUCAUACACUUUUCAACCAAACAAUGUCAGCUCGGAAUCCGCCACCCCUGUGCAUCGGACUGCCGUAUGUUAAGGAAUUUACUAAGGCUUGUGUCAGAAUCUAUGACAUAAAUGUGACCACAACUUUCCUGCAUGCCUGUAUCAGGGUUGAGGCCUGGAUGGAAGUUAUACUUAUUGCAAAAUAUGAGUUCGGCUGCUUCAAUAUUGGAUCUCUUCGAUUAAGCACUGAGGGCAAACAUUAUAAAGCAAGUAAUGCAGCCAUCAUGUCAGCAUUGGAUGCGCAGAACCAGAAAGAUGAGACAUCUAAGGAAAGUAAUGUCAACGUGAUCGUUACUGUUGUAGGAAUUACAAUUGGACUAAUUGUGAUGACAUUUUUAAUUAUUGGUAUUAUUGCAAUGGCACAGAAGAGAGGUAAUGCCUCCUCUAAAGGGCUGCUGUUUAGGAGUCAUCAUAACUAUGGAUCACUGGUGACAGUAUCACAUGGUGUGAAUACCAUAUGUUGAACAUGAUGAGGAUGAAUCUGUUGACAGCACAAACAUUACAUCUUGAAACCUAUGAGAACUUGAAUUCCUAGGCUGCAUGAAAGUGGGACAGCUUCAAAUAAUAUCAAAAAAUACUUUUUCAAAGUUUUGUAUGAUUUUCAGUGGUUAUGUUAUAUAUAUAACACUGGAAUGUUAAUUUUUGUAUCCUAAGAGAGGGCAGUGUUUACCUUGUGUGUAAAGCACCAAACUUUGUGGCUAAUGAACAGAUUACUGGAGUCA